UUGCUCUUGAUGCUAUUGUUGAUGUUAAAUGCUUACCAACUGGAUUUAAUACAACACAUCCGCCUUCACCAAAUAAUUGUGACUUAUGUAAUAAACCACUUAUUGCAAAUAAUCAUAUGUAUGAUGGUGAAGUAUUAAUUUGUGAUCAUGGUUAUCAUUGGGGUCACCUUGCAUAUUUAGAAUAUAAGUGUAGGUAUUGUGAAGAUUAUUAUAAGAAAGGGAUUGAGACAAAUGUUAAAUCCUUUUUAAAUCAGUUAGAAAAAGGCUCUAUGACGCUUACUGAAGAAGAUAGAAAUUUAGAAGGAGAGGAAAAAGAAGUUCAGGAGGAGGAAGAAGAAAUAGAAGUAAUUAAUGAAGAUACAAUUAUAGAAACAAUGAUAGAAAAAGAGUUAGCAAAUAUCUGUAAUUAG